GGCGGAGAGCUUCGGUAACUCAGAUCACCUCGAUUAUUGUCUUGCGGAAACAUUUUCAACGCACUCGAUGCUUUCUUGCCCGAAUUGAGCCAUUUACAUUGCGAGUAAGGAUUCUAAUACACAUUUGAUCUUAUUUUUCAAGAUGGCAUCCAUGGAAGAGAAACUACUCAUGGGAGUCUUGACUCAAAUCGAAGUUGGCCGUAUUGACUACGAUGAGCUUGCAAAAUACAUCGGCGUAGCUACAUCCAGAGCUGCUCGCGGAAGAUGGGAUCGCUACAAACAGAAACUUACAAAGAGGGGGGCACCAAUCACUCCAAAGAAGGGAGCUGGAGUCGGCAAGAAAAUCACAUCGGUCACACCAAAGAAAGCAGUAGGCAGCCCGAAGAAGAACGGCCUCGGAAACCCCAAGAUAUCAAGAGGUCGAAUCAAGGAAGAAAGCGAGGAAGAGGAAGUAUGCGCAGACGAGGAUGAGGAAAUGGAUUACGAUAAAGAAACACCGGAUCUCGAUGUCAAGCAAGAGUUGGUCAUACCAUCACGUAGGUUGCCGCCUCGACGGGCAAGGGUUACGAAGUUUGUGGAAGAGACUAGCGAUACGGAAGAUGAGGGGGAAGAGGAAUACGGAGAGGUGCAGGUUGGCGGGGAAGGUGAUGGAAUGAAAGAUUUGGCUAUCAAGGAUGAGAAUCAAGAUGAUAUAAGAGAGUAUCAGAACGGGGACAAGGCGUAGGUUGUCUUAGAAUGUGACGGAUUGUUUUCAGGUCGACUAGGUAACAACAGGGGAUACGGUGAACAAGUGGAAUACUUGCA